GCGCGAAAGCUCAAACUGUUGGCUUGUAUGGAAGAGGCGGGAGGAAGAGGAGCAGCUCGGCUAAAGCGCUCUCUAAAUGUUGCUGUAACGGUCUAAAAUAGCCCCUUUUUACGCAGACGUGUAUUUAUUGACAUCUGUUGUGGCUGCCGAGAAUUUGUGACGUCGUCGGCUUCUUUUUUAUAGAAGAGUGUAAACUAGCCGACGGACAAAGAUGAGCCUGCUCGUCUCUCAACAACAGGCUGAGGAGCUUCCUGCUGUGGCCCUAACAGCAGCAGAGAGCGAUUCAGACAGCGGGGUGGGCUCUCCAGUGGAGGAGAUGGUCACGGAGACGGCCAACAAUAAAGAGGAGCUUCCAGAUUCUGAUGAUGAUGAUGAAGCUAUCACAACUCACAGGAAGCCUCGACGUAAAGCCAUUAGAGACAGUGACAGUGAGGAGGAGGCUGCUGCAGAGGACAGUGUCCACAUGGCUGAGGCUCUGGUUUUGUCUGCUUCCAGCGGAGAAGAGAUGGAGACAGGUGAGGCUAAAGAGGAGGACAAGAAGACAGGAAAGGGGACACAGAAGAGCAAGAGAAUAAGCAGAGCGCCGAUCGACAGUGAGGACAGUGAGUCGGAGCAAGGGAAACAAGGAGUGACGGCGGAGGAGCAUGAUGAGAAAAAGGAAGCAAAUUCAAAGGAACGCAAGAAGAGGGAGAAGAGCCAGAGGAAUCGAGAGAAGAAGGAGAAACGAAGCAAAGCAGUGGAAAAACUGAAAAAGAAAGAGAGGGUCUCUGUAAAUGACGAGGACACUCUUCCUCGGGCUCUGAACGACAGCGGGUUUCUGCUGGGUGACACGGAUCUGUUUGACACCGGUCUCAAUGAUGAUGACGAGGAGGAGGAAGAGUCCCUGGACGCUAUCCGAGCUGCGGUCAAGCACAAGAUGAAAAAACACAAGGAACCUCUCCAGGAUGAAGAAGAUGAGGAAGAUGAAGAGGCACCAGUGAAACCUCAGCGUGAGGAGAGGAAAGCUGCACGUGCCAGCAAGGAGGCAAUGAAACAUCUCCACAGUGAGUCUCAGAGGCUGGUCAGAGAGUCCACUCUGGGCCUGCCCUACCAUAUGCCUAAGCCUAAGACCAUCGACCAGUUCUUUAAGAAGAGAUCCAGACCCGAGGGUCCUGCCAUGGCUUUACUGAAAUCCACAAAAUAUUCAGCUAUGAUGUUGAAGACGCCAGCGGUUCCUCCUCCCCCACCUCCCCCAAACCCACCUAUGGAGCCCCAACAGCCGACAACAGAACAGGAGCCGUCUCUGGAUCUUUCAUGCACUCAGAUUCAGCCUUUAUCUCACCCAGCCGCUACCUCCUCACCCCAGCAGGAGAGCCACAACCAGGUCAGAGAAGAAACGACAAGCUCAGACGCCAACCAGGAAUCUGGCCCGAUGCUUUACCUCUCUGAGAGUCUGCAGGAAUCAUUCAGAGCAGAUGAUGUUGUGAAAACUAUGAAUGACUUUGGGGAGGAAACCUCUGCUGUCCCCACAGAGCAAAGCCAGACUGCAGUCACGUCUGAAUCUGAAUCCCUGCUAAUGCAGCCUGUAUCUGUGGCUUCUGUGGAGCCUAUAGCUGAUUCUUCAUUAGCAGCCACUUUAAAACAGCAACCCUCCAAGCCCAAGAAGGACAAACUGGCCAGACUGAAGGAGCUUGGUCUGGUCCCCCCACCUAUUCCUAAACUGUGUCCAGAUGAUGGAGCCUUUGUUCAGCUUGAGCCCCCGCAGCUCAACCCCGGGGUGGUGGCUUUAAAAGAGCGAUACCUACGUCAAUUCAAGGUUCCUGCAAGGCCCCAAGCAGAGCGCACCAUGCAGCUCAACAUCGUCCGCAAAGACAGCACCCCGUCUGGACAGGAAGAGUUACACACGGAGUCGGUCACUGUCACUGUGAGGGGGGAAGCAGAUGAGCCAGUGCCAACAAAGCCUGGGGAAAAGCUCUUGACUCUGAAGCAGCGUCUGCUGCUCGCCAUGGCUCAGCGGAGGAAAGAGGAGAGGGUGCGCAGGGCCGAGCUGAACCGACUCGACAAUGAAGACUGCGCUGAGGAAGAAGAGGAGGAGGAAGAGCUAACAGACUCUGAGGAAGAAGAGGGUGUAGAAGACUUACUGGGAGGUGAUGAUGGGGAGGAAGAUGAUAAGGAUGAGGAGGGCAGCGUGUCUCGUAGUAUCAGGAGCCUUUCUCCCGUGGCACUCACUGGACCCUCACCGACUCCGGAUCUUGUUAACACAGACAGCACACUCAUGCUUUUCCCCGGGAACUCCUGCUCUCGCACUGGUGACGGCAUAAGAAGGUCUGGUCCCUCUGGACAGUACAGCAGUAAUAAGAUGGAAGAGGACGACUCUCUGUCCCUGGUAAAGGACAACAGCCACAACAGCAGCUUUGAGCUUGCAGGCUCCAUGAUUACAUCCUAUCAGCCAGUCGAUUAUCAGCGCUCCACAGGAAGAGGCAUCUCCAACUCCUCCGCUUUCCGCUCAUCUUCCCCCUGCCUCUUCAGGCCUAGCUUCCUCUCCUCUGCUUCUAAGAGUUCAGGGAAACUCUCCGAGCAAUCUCUCUGCCUCCCUGUCGAGGACUCCCAGGACCUCUACGCUCCUCCGUCCCCUGGUGCUGACUCCGGGCCUCUGGGUGCAGUUGCCUCCGUCACUGGUCUGGGAGGAGACUCCCACGGUCACUUUUCUUUGGAAGACGACACGCAUUCACAGUUGCUUGACGCAGACGGCUUCCUCAAUGUGGGGGCCCGCCCCGGUGCACCUCACUCCCACAAGAGACGGUUGAUCCUGGACAGCUUGGAUGAAAACGCGAUGGACGCCAACAUGGGGGAGUUGUUGGGCUUGUGCUCCGGUGUCUUUGCGACGGCGGCGGCAAGCGGUUCCAGUCGGAGGGCAGCCCUCGGGUCAACGCAAGAGGACGAGCUGCUGGGUUUGUGUUCUGGAGCGUUUCCACCGACGCAGGCGGAGGGUGAGGAGAAGAUGGAAAGGGAGGAGAGUAAAGAGGGAGGACAGGAUGAAGAGUCUGAGAGUGGCAUGGAGCAGCUGCUGGGACUGUGCUCAGGAAAAUUCCCAAGUCCAGUUUCACAUAAACAAAACUGUUCUUUUCCACCAACCGGAGGUUCUGCUCACAAGACCUCACCAGCAAAAGACAGUGAAAAAGAGGAAGAGCUGCAGGAAGAGGAGGAGGAGGAUGAAGACUGUGAGUUCCGGCUGCUGUCAGACAUAGAAAGUGAAAAGGAGGAUGAGGAUGAUGGCGGAGAGGAGGAAGAGGAUACUGGUGAGGAAGACGGUAAUGACAUAGAAGAGGAAGAGAUGGAGGGGGUGUUUGCUCCCCGUCCGGUCAAGAAAAAGAAAAAGAAAAUGCGCAUGAUGGACUACCUGGACUCGGAGGCGGAGCUGUCGGGCAGUGACUUGGGCAGCGAUGACGAGGACGCCGACGGGGGGAGUGAAUACGAGGAGGAGGAGCUUCUGGAGGAGCUUCCCUCUGAUGAAGAGCUGCAGGAUCAGGUCAACAAGAUCCACAUGAAGCACAUACUCGAUGACGACAAGCGUCGUCUGAGACUCUACCAGGAACGCUACCUCGCCGAUGGUGACCUGCACUCCGACGGCCCGGGACGAGCUCGUCGUUUCCGCUGGAAAAAUAUCGAUGAUGGUUUAGACAUAGACAGGAUGGGACCAGAGGGCGAGGAAGAUGAGGAGGAAGACGAAGGCGCCGACCCGAGUGAGGUUCAGAGGAGGAAAGAGAGACUGGAGCGAGAGCAGUGGCUCAGAGAACAAUCGGAACAGAAGGCCAAAAAAGAUGAAGAAGAUGUGGAUGCAGAUGACGAAAGGAUUGCAGAUGAAGACAGUCAUUUUAUGAAGCUGGCCAAGAAGGUGACCGCCAAGACUCUGAAGAAGAAAGAACCUGCUGUGGUGCCACAGCCAGAGAAGAAGACGACAUCAUCAGCUCUUAAUCCUUUCCAGAGACCUGCACCGUCGUCACAGGUGAGGAGAGGUUCCCUCCUGAGUCAGCCUCAGUCGAUGCUCCAGAAACUGGCCUCCAUCUCAGAUGGGAAUCCUCUGGCGCCGAGAAACACCCGCGGCUUCCUGUUUCAAACUCUUUCCCCCGAGAAGGACGGCGCGACAUCGAACGCACCGCAGAAACAGAUGAUGAAGAAGAGGGGACAGGCAGAGGCUGUGAAACCCGCAGCAAAGAGGCUCCGCAAAGACGACAAAGCUGCAGGACAAACAAAAGGCCCACAGCGGAGCAUCUUCAACUUCCUGUAACCCUGACCACACUGCACGCCUGUGCAGGUUCUGACCAGCUGGGAACGGACAGAACCUGCAAACCCACAUCCACUAUUUCACCAUCCAAGACUUGAAAAACAGAGCGUGUCGGUCACGUGGUCACUGGUCACACGUUUACUUGACUUGAUUUGGACUGUCAUUGCAGUUUGUCCGUUUAAAAUGUUUUAUCAUGUAAAUAUGAUUAAUUUUUUUAAAUGAAAGGUUUUUUAGUUUUUUUUGUAUGAUUUUAAAUGUAUUUGUUUUACAGUGUAAAUAAAAGCGUAUUUUAAGACA